AUGUUAAAGUCAGAAUUAGCUUCUCAAUUUGAAAUGAAGGAUUUGGGUUCUCUGCCUUAUUUUAUGGGUAUUGAAGUUGCCUUUUUGCCAAAAAGUUAUCUUCUUUCUGAGUCAAAGUACACAACUGACAUUAUUAAGCGUGCUCGCCUUACUGAUACUAGAGUUGUUGACACUCCUUCUGAGUUGAAUGUUCAAUAUUCUCCUUCUGAUGGCUCUCCUUUGGAAGAUUCUACUUUGUAUCGCACUAUUCUUGGCAGUCUAGUUUAUCUCACUAUUACUCGUCCGAACAUUGCAUAUGUUGUACAUAUUUAUCUUCGGAGUACCAUCUUUCAGAGCCUACUCUUGCCUUCUACCUCCUCUUUGGAAUUACGAGCUUACUAUAAUGCAAAUCAUGGUCGUGAUCCCGCAUACCAAAAUUUUGUCAUCUGUUUCUGUAUCUUUUUGGGAGAUUCCCUUAUUUCUUGGAAGAGCAAGAAGCAGUCCGUUGUUUCUCAAUCUUCUACGGAAGUUGAGUAUCGUGCCAUGACGUCUACUACUAAAGAGAUUGUUUGGUUAAAGAUGGUUACUUAUAGAUAUGGGUGUUAUUUAGAUUGUCCUACUCCUAUGUAA